AGUCAAGUCAACGCGUCACACCGGAACGUGAUAAUCAAUAUAUCGGUCCCCCUAGCGCAUUAUACAAAUGGAUAAUUCGAUAUGAGUCUCGAUGCUCCCACCCUUGUCUAAACUUGUCAUGGACAGAACUUCAUCAGAUGAGUUUCUGCUGGGAGCAAGCUCUAAACAAGAUCCAUACGACGACCCAGACUCGGAGAGCCCUUUUAUUUCUACAUUCCGUGCUAGACCUAUGACACCCGCUAACAGUAGAAGGCGAACUUUCAGGACGCUUUGCACAGUUCUGGCAGCUGUUUCCUUGCUCAGCUUUGGAUUUGUCCUGCUCAAGCCCUUGAGCUAUCUUGACAUUGAGGAGGCGCCCAUGUAUCCGGCUACCUUUAACUCGCAGUUGUAUGUCCAAGGUCCGCCCACUCAACGCUUUCGAGAUAACCUUCGUAACGACACAAAGUACAUUACAUCGUGGAUUUCUGCGGGAUGGACGAAUGACGUGAUGACCUAUAAGCGUAUACCCAUAAUUGCGAAGUUCAUCCCUUCUCAUGUCGACAACAGUGCACCUCCAUUUGCUUUUGGGGAGGUCAUUGACAUUCCUCGGCUCAGCCAAGCCAUAGAGAGUCCUGUAAUUGAAUGGCACGAAGUAAAGGACUCGGAAAGCGAGGUUCUCGACGACCUUGGCUGUUGGAAUGUCUGGGAAAGCGUUCAAAAGCUGGAACCCCGUCCUCGGGAAAGUCCUUCCCUCGGUUUACUCAGGCUCGAUGUCUCAUGGACGCGAACCCCAGAUUGGGUCAAGCUGAGUCCUCCUGCCAUAGGAGACAACCAUGCUUCCUUUUGGUCACUUGCAACCCUUGCGUUUCCGGAGACUCGCUCAAACAGCCUGGAAUUAACGAACCGUCCUUCUCCACAGCAUCAGGUUUCCCUUCCCCCGGAUGAUCAGCUACUAUGCUUCGAUUACCUGUACUACGUAGGCGCCCAGAAUGCGUGGGAAUGGGAAUCGGACUAUUCUCCUGCAUGGAGAUUUGUAGGCCAACACAUGCACUGGAAUGCGAGCCUCGAAAGGCUUGCCGAUGAACAUGCUCGGCGCGCUAUGAAUGUGCCAAUUAAUGAACCAACACCACCCUAUAUAUCUAUCCAUAUACGGCACGGGGACUUCCGCAAUUACUGUAAUGAUCUGCCUUUGGAUCAGUGUUUUGCCUCGUUGCCUGUCAUUGCGCGCAGGGUGGCCGAGGCGCAAGAGGAGCUGCGCACACAAAAAAGUAUCGAGGUCACACAAGUUAUUAUGACGAGCGACGAGCGUGACCCGGAAUGGUGGUCGGGGGUCAGGGCAAUGGGCUGGACUUGGGUGGAUUAUGCAACAGAGCGGACAGAGGAGAUCUACGGAAAGUGGUAUCCAGUGUUCAUUGACGCUGUUAUUCAAUCAAAUGGAGCCGGCUUCGUCGGCACUCAUGGCUCCACAAUGACCACUCUAGCCCGUCGCAGAGUGGAGUCGUGGCAUGGUGGACCAACUCGAGUCGUCAAAUGGGGCUCGCCAAACGCUGAUGAUCACUGAUAUCUGAUCGGUGGAAUGGAAGAUGAUCUUGCGCCGUAGAUAUUAUUGGCUGGAAUGGAUCUUUAUCUUUGCAUUUUUAGACUUUGUAUCUAAGUCGAUCACAUGGACACACCUCAUGUACCAACGGACUAUAAUGCGCACAUUGUAUAGAGUACAGACGUG